AUGAGACAAUUUGGUGCUUUCAAAUUAGAGGCCAUGAGACAAUUGAAUAUGUUCGUCCUCCCUUUUUCUGCUUCUGAAUGGGAGUUCCUUCCGCUGCUCAACAAUCCUCAAGCUUUCCAUUCGUGCUUCGUUAUCUCCGGUGUUUUGUUGAAGCUUCUGCCGCAUCCGUUUAAGUAUGGCGUCGCCACCACGAGAUUGUUAGGGGAGCAGAUAACCUCUUAA